UCAAUAAUAUUUACUACCGAACCGAUUCCAUUCGUUCGUUCCAUAAUUUCUCUGUUGCUCCGAUCUCCAUUGGUUCAGUCGUCUCUCUAUCUCGUUACUUCUUCACAUGAGCUUCAAUCCUCCACUCAACUUUUUCUGAAGGUCAAUUUUGACGACGAUCGAUGGAGUGGGCGACGCUGCAGCAUCUGGAUCUCCGUCAUGUCGGCCGUAGCUCGAAACCCUUUCAGCCUCACGCCGCCGCAUUUCACCCCACUCAGGCUCUCGUCACCGUCGCCAUCGGAACCUACAUCAUUGAAUUCGAUGCGUACACUGGAUGCAAGAUCGCUUCAAUAGACAUUGGUGCACCUGUUGUCCGAAUGUCUUAUAGUCCUACGAGUGGGCAUGCUUUGAUUGCUAUACUUGAGGAUUGUACAAUUCGAUCCUGUGAUUUUGACAGUGAGCAAACAUUUGUGUUGCAUUCACCUGAAAAGAGGAUGGAACAAAUUUCUUCUGACACAGAAGUCCAUAUUGCUUUGACCCCUCUCCAACCUAUAGUUUUUUUUGGUUUCCACCGAAGGAUGAGUGUAACAGUUGUUGGAACUGUUGAAGGGGGGAGGGCACCAACAAAAAUAAAGACAGACCUGAAGAAACCCAUAGUCAAUCUUGCUUGCCAUCCUCGUCUGCCUGUGUUGUAUGUCGCUUAUGCAGAUGGUUUGAUUCGAGCUUACAACAUCCAUACAUAUGCUGUUCAUUACACACUACAACUUGAUAAUACCAUUAAGCUCAUUGGUGCUGGUGCAUUUGCAUUUCAUCCAACUUUGGAAUGGAUUUUUGUUGGCGAUAGACGGGGUACGCUGCUGGCUUGGGAUGUCUCCACUGAGAGACCUAGUAUGAUUGGGAUUACCCAAGUGGGUUCCCAACCAAUCACAUCUGUUGCUUGGCUGUCAAAGUUGCGGUUACUUGUCACUAUAUCCAAAGAUGGAACUCUUCAAGUGUGGAAAACAAGAGUGAUACUUAAUCCUAAUAGACCUCCUAUGCAAGCAAAUUUUUUUGAGCCUGCUGCAAUUGAAUCCCUUGAUAUCCCUCGUAUUCUUUCUCAGCAAGGCGGAGAGGCGGUGUAUCCCCUCCCACGAAUCAAAUCCAUAGAAGUUCACUCAAAAUUCAAUUUAGCAGCAUUGCUAUUUGUAAAUAUGACAGGUGGAGAUAAUCGGAAAAAUAGAGCUGCGUACACUAGGGAAGGAAGGAAACAACUCUUUUCAGUUUUGCAAAGUGCAAGGGGAUCAUCAGCUUCUAUUUUGAAGGAAAAGCUUUCGGCCCUUGGUUCAUCUGGAAUUUUAGCUGAUCAUCAGCUUCAGUCACAACUACAAGAGCACCAUUUGAAAGGCCAAAGUCAGCUUACGAUAUCAGACAUUGCCCGAAAAGCUUUCCUUUACAGUCAUUUCAUGGAAGAACAUGCCAAAAGUGCUCCAAUAUCUCGUUUACCUCUCAUCACUAUUUUAGAUACUAAACAUCAUCUGAAAGACAUUCCUGUGUGCCAGACAUUUCAUCUGGAGCUAAAUUUCUUCAAUAAAGAGAAUCGUGUUCUUCAUUACCCAGUCAGGGCUUUUUAUGCAGAUGGUGUAAACCUUAUGGCGUAUAAUCUCUGUUCUGGAGCAGAUAAUACUUACAAGAAGCUUUACACCUCGAUUCCUGGAAAUGUAGAAUUCCAUCCAAAAUGCUUGCAUUACAGCAAUAAGCAGCAUCUGUUUCUUGUUGUUUAUGAGUUCAGUGGCGCUACAAAUGAAGUAGUUCUUUAUAGGGAAAACACUGAUUCUCAGUCGGCUAAUAGUAAAGCAAGUACAGUGAAGGGUCGAGACGCUGCAUUUAUUGGCCCAAAUGAUAAUCAAUUUGCAAUUCUUGACGAGGACAAGACUGGACUUGCUUUAUAUAUUCUUCCGGCAGUGGCUUCAAAAGAGGUUGAUAUGAUGAGUGAAGCAGAUGAGCAAAGUCAGUCUAAAGAUGUUGCUGUUGGUUCAGUGAAGGGACCACUGCCAUUUCUUUUUGAAACUGAAGUUGAUCGCAUCUUUUCAACUCCAAUAGAAUCGACUAUGAUGUUUGCUUCUCAUGGGGACCAGAUUGGCCUGGCAAAGCUUGGUCAGGGUUACCGCCUUUCAAAUUCUGAUGGUCAUUAUAUAUCAACAAAGGGUGAAGGGAAAAAAUCAAUAAAGUUGAAAGUAAAUGAGAUUGUACUCCAGGUUCACUGGCAAGAAACUCUACGAGGCUAUGUCGCAGGAGUAUUAACAACUCAAAGGGUUCUAAUUGUUUCAGCAGAUCUAGAUAUAUUGGCUAGCUGUUCUACAAAAUUUGAUAAAGAACUUCCUUCAUUUAGAUCCCUUCUCUGGGUUGGACCUGCACUUCUGUUUUCAACUGCCACUGCCAUCAGCGUGCUUGGGUGGGAUGGAAAAGUGAGGACAAUUCUUUCCAUUAGUAUGCCGAAUGCAGUGCUGGUUGGUGCAUUGAAUGAUCGAUUAUUGCUCGCAAACCCAACAGAGAUAAAUCCGAAACAAAAAAAGGGGGUUGAGAUAAAGAGCUGUCUUGUUGGGCUUCUCGAACCUCUUCUUAUUGGAUUUGCCACAAUGCAACAGAGUUUUGAGCAGAAACUAGACUUGUCAGAAAUAUUGUAUCAAAUAACAUCCAGGUUUGACAGUUUGCGCAUUACACCACGAUCUCUUGAUAUUCUUGCCAGAGGUUCUCCAGUUUGUGGAGAUCUUGCUGUGUCAUUAUCCCAAGCAGGUCCACAAUUUACUCAGGUGUUGCGUGGAAUCUACGCAAUCAAUGCUCUCCGGUUUUCUACUGCUUUGUCUGUUUUAAAGGAUGAGUUUUUGCGUUCUAGAGAUUAUCCACAAUGCCCUCCAACCUCUCAUUUGUUUCACCGGUUUCGCCAAUUGGGAUAUGCCUGUAUCAAGUAUGGUCAAUUUGACAGUGCAAAAGAAACUUUUGAAGUUAUAGCAGAUUAUGAAAGCAUGCUUGACCUAUUCAUCUGCCACCUUAACCCUAGUGCAAUGCGGCGCCUUGCUCAGAAAUUGGAGGAAGAGGGUGCUGAUUCAGAAUUGAGGCGAUAUUGUGAAAGGAUAUUAAGAGUCCGUUCCACUGGAUGGACACAAGGGAUUUUUGCCAAUUUUGCUGCUGAAAGCAUGGUUCCAAAAGGAUCCGAAUGGGGCGGGGGCAAUUGGGAAAUCAAGACACCCACCAACCUAAAAGCUAUACCACAGUGGGACCUGGCAGUGGAGGUUAUGCCAUACAUGAAAACAGAUGAUGGUACUAUCCCAUCCAUUGUGACGGACCAUAUUGGUGUUUAUCUUGGCUUGGUAAAAGGAAGAGGUAAUGUUGUAGAAGUAAGGGAAGAUAGUUUGGUCAAAGCACUUAAGCCUGCAGGUACUGAUGUCAAGGCAAAUGGCCUUCAUGCACUUCUUGGUACUUCCAUAUCGAGCAAGUCCAAGGGGGUGCCUGAGGGUGAUUCUAAGGGUGAUUCCUUGAUGGGCCUAGAAACCCUUACUAAGCAACUUGCAGGUCCUAGUGCUGCAGAUGAACAGGCAAAAGCCGAAGAAGAAUUUAAGAAAUCACUGUAUGGCACUGCUGAUGGUAGCAGCAGUGAUGAGGAGGGAGCUUCAAAAACUAAGAAAAUACACAUUAGAAUCCGAGACAAACCCAUUUCAUCUGCUACUGUGGAUGUGAACAAGAUCAAAGAAGCCACAAAGCAGUUUAAGCUUGGUGAGGGUCUGGGCCCACCAAUUAGUAGGACCAAGACUGGUGGAUCUCAAGAUUUUGGCCUGGUUGUCCCUCAACUUGCUCCUGCAACCACUGGAAGUGUGACAACUCCAGCAGUCCCUGUUGAUCCUUUUGGAACUGACUCGUUAUCUCAACCUGCACCUGUGUCACAGCCUGGUGGCAUUGGUGCUGGAGUUGCAGCUAGGCCAAUCCCAGAGGACUUUUUCCAGAAUACAAUAUCAUCCCUCCAGGUUGCACAAUCAUUGCCUCCUCCGGGGACUUACCUUUCAAGGAUGGAUCAGAAUUCUCAAGGGGUUGCACGAAACAAGGUUGCACCUAACCAGGUUGGUGUGCCUGUACCUGAUGUUGGUCUACCUGAUACUGGUGUACCCCCUCAAGCCACUCAACAGCCUGUUUCGUUUGAGUCCUUUGGACUUCCAGAUGGUGGAGUCCCACCAUCACAACCUGUGGCGCAGCCCAAUGUCCUGCCAGUGUCUCAGGUUCAGGCAGCUCAGGUGCCAAUUUCUACUCAGUCCCUUGAUCUUAGCUCACUUGAACCUCCAGGUUCUGUAAAUUCAGGGCAACUUCCUGCACGUCCGGCUUCUCCAAAGUCUGUGCGUCCUGGACAGGUUCCUCGUGGGGCUGCUGCAUCAAUUUGUUUUAAGACUGGACUUGCCCACCUUGAGCAGAAUCAACUCCCAGAUGCAUUAUCCUGUUUUGAUGAAUCUUUUUUGGCACUGGCCAAGGACCGAUCUCGUGGAGCUGACAUUAGAGCUCAAGCAACAAUCUGUGCUCAGUAUAAGAUUGCAGUUACUCUCCUUCAGGAAAUCGGGAGACUGCAGAAAGUCCAAGGCCCUAGUGCCAUCAGCGCAAAAGAUGAGAUGGCGAGGCUGUCACGCCAUCUGGGUUCAUUGCCUCUUCUAGCAAAACACCGAAUAAACUGCAUUCGAACGGCCAUUAAACGGAAUAUGGAGGUGCAGAAUUAUGCAUAUGCGAAGCAGAUGCUUGAGCUCCUCCUGUCAAAAGCGCCUGCAAGCAAGCAAGAUGAGUUAAGAAGCCUGAUUGACAUAUGUGUUCAGCGAGGUUCAUCCAACAAAUUCAUUGAUCCUUUAGAAGACCCCUCCCAGUUCUGCGCGGCCACACUUAGUCGUCUGUCAACUAUUGGAUACGACGUUUGUGAUCUCUGCGGGGCCAAAUUCUCUGCUCUUUCGACUCCUGGCUGCAUUAUCUGUGGUAUGGGAAGCAUCAAAAGAUCGGAUGCACUUGCAGGACCCGGACCUGUUCCUUCACCAUUCGGCUGAAAAUUGAUUUACACAUUUCUCCAAUUCAAUUAACUUCUUGAUAAUUUUGUUUUGUUCCUUGUGUUGUAGAGUCCCCAUCUCCCUCUCUACCUACCGGAAGCCUUUGCCAUUGUUUUUUUAGAAAAUUACUCACUUCAUGGCCAACAGGAAGGGAAAUAGAUGUGCUGGUUGGAAUAUAGUGGAAAAUUUUCUUGUCUUGUAGAUGAGUGUAUUUUUGUUCUCCAAUGUGCUUUGUGUGCAUGUGUAUUUGGAUACUUUGUAAUGCUACACCCGUGCCCAUUUGUUCACCAUUGUUAUAUAUACUCAUCCAUAUUUCAGGUUGUCAUUUCUCAUCCUAUAUUAUAUAUCUAGAUUACUUGGAUUGUGAAUUUCA